AUGCCCCAUAGCUCUUAUGUAUUGUGUUUAAAAUAUUCGACAGGCAAAUUAUUCACAAAAAAGCAUGAAUGGAUAUCUAUAACCAAUAAUAUAGGAACAGUUGGAAUUUCAAAUUAUGCGCAGGAAGCUCUCGGAGAGGUAGUGUACUGUCAGCUGCCCGCAGUUGGCACCGAACUAGUCGCGGGGCAGGAGUGUGCGGCACUAGAAAGCGUCAAGGCAGCCAGUGAAGUGUACGCUCCUGUUUCUGGCACGGUGACAGAAAUAAACAAAGAGGUGGAAUCCAGCCCAGGACUGAUUAACAAAUCAUGCUACGGCGAGGGAUGGCUCUUCCGGGUGCGGCUGUCGCAGACCAGCAACUUUGACAAUUUGAUGACACACGCAGCGUAUGAAGACUUGCUGCGUAACCAUGAAGAACACUAAUGGUCCUCUACACGAUGGCCCAUCAUAUUGGCCCACUGGACAUAGGACCAGUUGCGACCACCACAAUCGACUAACUGUGAUCAGCAGCAAUUGCCGUGAAGUAUGAAGUAUCCCAUACAAUUUAGCGAACGUUUUAACAGUGACAAUAAGGGUCA